ACAGUUUUGGGUCGGAAGUCGGUAAAUAUAAGAGGCUGAGUAAGACAAUCUGGCAACGUUGAUAUUAGUUCCUACAACACCGUUACAAAGGCUAAACUCACGACCGUCAAGCGUCAACUCAACUUACUCAACUCAACUUUGGCUGUGCCCGUUGGACGAGUCGAGGUGGGGUGAGCUGAUCCUUUUCCCACGGCAAGAAGUGUGAAUACAUGAGCCAGCAGGAUGAUCACCACUUGCUACGUCAACCAACUUAAUCUGAAUGAGGUGGAGGAGCUGCUGCCACCCAACCACCACUUACAAGCCUUAAAUCGCUCCAUCCGCUAUGGGGAGCAGCCUGAGGGGAAAUACUUUGUAUUCUCCUUAGAUACUUUCUGGGGAAAGAGAAAGAUUGGAGAUACCUAUCGGGCAAGGAUUACAGUUCACGAUGUGCUGGAGAACUGUAGCCCAGAGAAGCGGACCUACGUGGAUGGUUUGGCAUUUGGGACUUUCUGUGAAGCAAUAGAAGAACCCAUAUUGGGGGAACUAGGGUACAAGGAGACCUGGUCAAAGAACAGUUCACUAGGGGACAACCUCAUCUGGUCAAAGAAAAGUCCCAGCAGUAUCACAGUGUGGCUGGUGUUGCAUUGUACAUUAGUCCACCCCUACAUGUGGGGUAAAGAGGAUCGUCAUCCGCUUAUGAUUCGCAUAGACCCCAAGCCCCCUUCUCGGUGUGAAAUGUGGGUGAUGGUUAGUGUCUCGCAGCAUGAGACCAUCCCGGCCACCCCCAUACAGAAGGUUGCCCCUACUUUGGCUGUCUCUCCAGUGCGUGCUAAACCUGCCCCACAACCAUCACGAUCCUCCUCCUCUGCUGGUGCCAGGGAAACUCCAGCCCCAGCAUCAGUUAAGCUUCGUGCUCCACUCCCAGCCACAGCUCAAGCCCCGGCCACAACUAGAGAUCUAGUCGGGAGCCAUAGCCCUUCCAAACGCAAGAAGAAAUUUGAGCUCAAAUCACUUGUCAAGGCAAAAGAUAACUUGAAGAUAAAUACAGUGGGUGUUGUGGUGAAGGUGGUGAAAGAGGGCCACUUGGCAAAGAAUGGGGUCGUCUUUGACAUCUUCAUGGUGACAGCCCAGGAAAUGACACUCCCCACAUCCCCACAAACACACAUGAAUGUGAAAGUGUUCCACAAUGAUGGGGGUCGCUGGCCUGAAGGACUCAAGCUGCAGUGUGGGCAGGUGUUGAUGCUCCAAGACUUGCAUUGUAAGAAGCAUAUGGAUACCAUGGAAGGCAUCGUUUACAACACCAAGAUGUGCUGUGUGGUGAGCAAUGAUGAGGAAGAACUCACUUGGUAUGAAAACUCCAACUCCAGAUGGACACAUGAGAACAUAGUGGAUGCAGAGAGAAAGGCAUUAAGGUUGUUUCACUGGUGGAAGGCAGUGGGGGAAAACUUCAACUACGUGAACAUGAGUUUUGGCAGUCCUUCUAAGCAAGCUGCCCCACACCCUACCUGUACUCUUGCUCAGACUGGUGGCAAGGGAUAUUUCAACUUAUUCUGCCAGGUGGUGAAGAAGACUCUGUACCCAUCCAAGUGUGUAUUAAGGGUCACUGAUGGCACCUGCACCCAGUACUUCUUUGAGGAGAUCAAUUAUGACCCCACCAAGAAAGUGGAGGAUCACAAUCGGGUCUUCAGUCCUCCUGGCAGUCUGGAGGUGGAUGUUUUGGUGUUCUAUGGAAGCAAUCUGAGGGAAUUGGCAGAUGUGCAGGAGAAGGAUUUUGUGGAGCUGGAAGGGUUAGACUGCAUGGCACUGCCUGAUAAGCGUCGCCAGCUGGACCUCACCUUGGCUCUGGGCAAAAUCAGAUUACUGAGAGAUGAUGAACCCCAACGACAGACCAUCAUGGAAGCAUUGGAGCAGCUGAGGACACAGGAGGCAGAGCGAGCAGAAGAGGAAAAUGAUGAUGUAUCCUUACUGGACAGUGAGCAAGAAAUCCCUGAAGACUCUUUUCAGGAAUUUAUAGAGAAUCAGGGCUACAAAAGACGCCCUGACCACGGUAAACGAAGCCUGGGGACAACCUCUACCUCAGGGACCUUUCCCCGGAAGCCUCCAUCCACCCCUGAGCAGCCCCUCUGUGAUAACCCAGGGAAACCUCACACCUCCAAGCAGCCUCCAAAGGAUUCUUCACCUCAAAAAUCUCCCUCCCCAUCAAAACGACCCCUCCAUCCCUCCUCCCCUCUGCCCCAGCACCUAACCUUCCUACAAAAGACUCCCUCCCCACCCAAACAACCUUACCACCCCUCCUCCCCACAAAAGACUCCCUCCCCACCCAAACAACCUUACCACCCCUCCUCCCCUCAAUCCCAGCCACGUUCUCCACUCCCAAACUGUCCCUUGUCAUCCAAAACAAACCUCCAUCCCUCCUCCCCUCCCCCCCAGCCUUGCUCUCCCCUCCUAAAGUCUCCCUCUCCCAAACAACCCCCCCAUUCCUCCUCCCCUCAGCCCCAGCAACAUUCUCCCCUACCAAAGUCUCCCUUCCCAUCCAAACUACCCUUCCACCCCUCCUCUCCUCAGCCGUCCACCUCCAGACAACCUGAUGAAGUGGCACCAAGGAACCCAAAUCUUCUGUCUUCUUCAAUUACCUAUGAUUUGAAGGAGCAACUGCAGUACAAAAUGGGUGAGACCAGGAAUGCUUCCAGUGAUAGGCGGCUGCAGCAUCAGGAUCACGGCUCCAACCCAAGUCUUGCCACAGACGCCACCCAACAAACGCUCAGUUUUUGUACAGAGGUGAGAAGUGAAGCAAAGGAGAGCAGCCUGGAGAACUUCUACCAAAGUGGGAAAGUUGGGGAAGUGUACCGUGUGAAGGCAGCCAUCAAGGGUUUCCGGAUACAGAAGAACUGCAACUGUGAUGGAGAGGUGAGAAGUGACCUCUACCAAAGUGGGAAGGCUGGGGAAGAGCACCGUGUGAAGGCAGCCAUCGAGGAUUUCCAGAAACAGAAGAACUGCAACUGUGAUGGAGUGGCUGCUGUAAUGUAUGACUUGCUGGGCCCAUGCUGCCCCCCGGUGCUCCUCUUGACCGAAGUCACUGAAGUUUGGGUUGACUGAAGAUCCGGACAGCAUGUGGAUGAUCUUCCGCUAGUCAGCGUUGACUUGAAAAAUCAGCGUGUUUUGGUGGGGGCUCAAACUUAGUCUGCGCUAGGUCCUUGAAUUCACCACGCCCACACGAUAAUUACUUGCUUACCCAGAGUUCCACUUAAUCUUAGGCUGUGUACACACACGUGAACAGAACAUCUUACUGUAAUUCUGUUGUGUAACAAAAAUGCCAUUGUGGAGGGGACCAUAACGGCACUGCAUAACACCCGAGUGAACAUACAUGUUACGCGUUGGGGUUCGCUCCCAUUUCACCAAUUAUCUUUUUUUGUGCAUUACAUCAAAGGAUGUUACAAGGUGAGGUUACGCAGUGUGGAGGAAACGUGUGUUAGACAUGUAUCAACUGGCUGCACCGAGUCUGCCCAACACUUGCCUGCGCCAUGAUGGGCUGGAGCUGACUACCAUCUAAGCCCCUCAAGAGAAGCCUGCAGGUGCAAUAGGCUGGCAUGUAAAAAAAAAAAAUAAUAAUAAUAAUAAUAAUAAUAAUAAUAAUAAUAAAAAUAAAAAAAAAUAAUAAUAAUAAUGUUGAGAGCUCAGUAGUCAGUAAAUCUACUGAUCUACUGCAUAAGAACUAAUUGUAUGAAAUGUGCCUUACAACCAUGCCCGACGGGAGUGACGAUACUGUCCUUCAGUUUAUAAGCUGUUAUGAGGAGAUUCAAACCAUUUUAAUAAAAUGCUUCACAAUUUUGCAUGGAUAGAAAUAGCUCAGAAAACAGGGGAGACAGUACAACCUCCAAACAUGGACCAACUCCAUAUCAGCGAGGUGGGAUGUAUGAAAGUUCUCAAUGUGACGAGGUUCGGUUACAGACUCAGUAUUUCCCCACCUUGUUACAUGUAUCUUCGUCGUGCAACACGGCCUUGUUACGAUACGGUGUUCCGUUCACAUGUGUGUACCUGGCCUUAAGUUUCACCUAAAGUUGAACACUUUAGUAACUUAAUAUGUAGUAACAGUACUUUAUAAAUGUUAAAUGAUGAUCUAGUCAAGAAAAAUGGGCAUUGUGGGGUAGUGUUAAUAAUUAUAAAAGUUAAGUUUAUCAUUGGCACGAGGCGACAGUCUUUUCUUGUUUGUAAACAAGAGCAUGCCACGCCAUAGACCAGUGUGUUGUGCCGCUGUAUCCAGACCUGCCCUUCACCAUUAUUACUGGACUGGCCUGUUAUUCGGUAGGAUAGGAGUACAGUCAUCCCUCAAAUAAUACGGGGGUUAGGGACCCAGGAUCCCCGUACUGUUUGAAAAUCCGUAUAAAAUUAGUGCCCCCCUUAGAAACACUCCUGGGCUGUGUUUGAGGGGGGGAAUCGGGACUCUCAGAACGUCCCGAGUGCUCUCAAACGUGUGACACGGCAGCACAAGUUGCCAACUCGGCACGUCUGCUGGGUCCCGGCUUUGAGAGGUGGGGCGCCUUCGUGCUGUGAUGACGUCAUCAGCAAAUAUGGCGGCCCAAACAAACACAUAUAAGUGUUUCCAUUGCAUUUCACCUCUCUGUGCCACCAUAACCACUGCAGCUUCCUUUUCAUAUUCUGUUGUAAGGAGUUCGUCAGCUAGAACAGCUAGUAAUGCAUGUUAAACGUCGCCAGGAAGAUCAGUGUAUGCCAUUUUGCAGCGAGAUGCCGUUACCAUAGCAAUGACGAGGCUUAGUAAAAGGAUGGACUUUAUCUCUACUCAUGCAGCACUCUUGGAGCACUGGCAGUUACUGCGGCAAGAAUUUCUUUUACACUAUGAUUUUCAGGGUGUUGGCCCUGAGGGAGUAAGCCGUUUCAAAGGCUGUAUUUGGGACCGAACCAAAUGGUUCAUCCGGCACGAGCUUCCCCCCAUACGUGCUGUAUAAACGAGGUUUUACUAUACAGAGCUUGUGGAUUCAGACAUGUUAAGAAUAUGUUCCUGUUCCAUACCCCCUAGUAUAUUUGUUCAAUAACCGUAGUCUAGUUUGCGGGUAUAAUUGCAAUUCCUAGUCUUCACACUGUGGUCACACUUGCCUUUUGCUUUCCUAGAGAUAUUUGAAGAUCCUGGAUGCCAGUUUUUACUCUCAUCAACACUGUUCCUAUAAAUCGACACAAUCUUCCAGACUCCUAUCCCCUAUUCUUCGACAACACUCAGCUGUCACCUUCUGCACUAAAGAUCCUCGGUCUAUCCUUAACUCAAAAUCUUAACUGAAAACUUCACAUCUCCUCUCACUAAAUCAGCUUCUUCGAGGUUGGGCGUUCUAUAUCAUCUCUGCCAGUUCUUUCCCCCUGCACAGUUGCGAUCCAUAUACAGGGGCCUUGUCCACCCUCGUAUGGAGUAUGCAUCUCACGUGUGGAGGGGCUCCACUCCCACAGCUCUCUUGGACAGAGAAGAGUCUAAGACUUUGACUCAUCAACUUCCCUCCUCUCACUGAUGGUCUCCUUUCUACCUCUUAAAUUCUCCCGCCAUGUUGCCUCUCUAUCUUCUAUCAAUAUUUUCAUGCUGACUGCUCUUCUGAAAUUGCUAACUGCAUGCUUCCCCCCUUCCUGUGGCCCCGCUGCACACGACUUUCUACUCAAGCUCAUCCCUAUACUGUCCAAAUCCCUUUUGCAAGAGUUAACCAGCAUCUUCACUCUUUCAUCCCUCACGCUGGUAAACUCUGGAACAAUCUUCCUUCAUCUGUAUUUCCUCCUGUCUAUGACUUGAACUCUUUCAAAAGGAGGGUAUCAAGACACCUCUCCUCCCAAAAUUGACCUCUCUUUUUGCCACUCCUCUGAACUCUUUUUAUGGGAGCAGUGAUUAGCAGGCUUUUUUUUCUCAUUAU